AAGCUGCUUUGAGACGGCUCCUCCAGAAAUCACUCUUCCUGCGACUACCCUAAGAACUUAUGCACAGAGAAAGCCCGAAGCUUUAAGGACCACGAAGGUGAGGCGGGGGUGAGGAGGAGAAGCCCGCUCGCCGACCUAUACAGGACGGAGAAGAGUCACGAGCCCAGGUUCCGUACCGUGGAAAGCGGGCGCGGUGAAGCAAACCUUCAGGAGACACACGCUGUUACGAGCUGCGAAACCGAAGAGGCGCCCGUCCUUAGACGUGUCACUGCAUCGGCUGCAGUACCAGUUGGGGGAGGCCGGCAACACUCGCUCGGCCGCCCCAGAACCUGUCGCUGCCGCCAUCUCGCCCAAUUCUAACUCAGAGCCCCGUCUCACGUUUUGCUACUAUGAGGCUUACAGCGGCUGUCGCCACGCACCGCCGUAAAGCGCAGCUCUACUACUACCUCACGUGCUAUCGCAAGCAAUCCAACUCUCACGUGGAGAUACGGCGGCCGUAUUAGGACAAUCCAGCUAACGCCUUUCUUAGAUCUGUGCCGUAAAGACGAUAGUUUAGGUUGGCUGGGAAGGGCUGCGAAUAUGGCGGCGCCAACAAUGUUUGGUGGGAUCGCCCGAGCGUGGAACCUCAGUCGUUUGGUCUGUCCCGGGAGGUUACUAGCAUCUGGCAGUGAUCCUCGUCAGUCAAAUAUCCAUACAAGUACAUGUCUUGGGGAAUUUGGAAGAUGGGAAAAGAAGAACAGAAUAGUUUAUCCUCCACAGCAACCAGGAGAACCUCGAAGACUUGCAGAAGUAUACCACUGUCGAAGAGCUAUUAAAUACAGCAAGGACAAGAUGUGGUACCUGGCAAAAUUGAUACGAGGAAUGACCAUAGAUCAGGCACUAGCUCAAUUGGAAUUCAAUGAUAAAAAGGGAGCAAAAGUGAUCAAAGAGGUCCUUCUAGAAGCCCAAGAAAUGGCAGUGACAAAGCAUAAUGUGGAAUUUAAAUCCAACUUAUACAUUGCUGAAUCCUUCUCUGGAAAAGGGCACUAUCUGAAAAGGAUCCGCUACCAUGGCAAAGGCUUUUUUGGCAUUAUGGACAAAGUUAAGUGUCAUUACUUUGUGAAAUUAGUAGAAGGCCCACCUCCACCUCCAGAGGUACCCAUGACUGGGUUUGAUCAAGCUAAGGAGUAUGUGCAGCAGCUUCGUAGCCGAACCAUUACUAACUCAUUGUAAUAUUCCCCACUGUGUAUUUUUUCUUUUCUUUUUUGAUAACCGUGUAAAUAAAGUACAUGUUCGAAAUAA